AUGGACGACCUUGAAAAAACACUGGAAGAGACAGAAUUUGCAGAGGCUCGGACCCCUACGCAGCAUCUAGAUGUUUUAAAUAAACUGAUGGAACAAAUUGCCUUCAGCUACUACUAUGACAAUGGAGAUGAAUUCACUGGUUCAUUUGUUGUUGCCGUAGAAUAUGGCCACGUUGAUGUUGUGAAAGAUUUGCUCGAGAAUGCUGGUGUAGAUGUCAAUGCAAAGGAGAUCAAUGGCUGGACUGCUCUUCACUAUGCAGCAUCAUAUGGACACGUUGCAGUUGUCGAAACCUUGCUAGAGCAGGCAAAUGUGGAUGUCCUUGUAAAGACAAACACUGGUGACACUGCCCUUCAUCAUGCUGUGAUGGAUAGACAUGUUGACGUAGUCAAAAUCUUGCUGGAUGUUGGUGUGGAUGCCAAUGCAAGGGGUGGGGAUGGGACGACAGCCCUUCAUCCUGCAGCAAUGGAUGGAUCACUUGCCAUUGUCAAACUCUUGCUCGGACAUGUCAGCGUGAAUGUCAAUGCAAAGUGCGAAUAUGACUGGACUGCACUUCAUUGGGCUGCAUGCUUUGGAUGCAUUGAUGUUUAUGAUGGUGUAAAGGUCAAUGCAAAGAGCAACGAUGGUUCAACAGCUCUUCAUCAUGCAGCUGAUUGUGGCUAUGUUAAUGUCAUCAAAGCCUUCCUCCAGCAUGAUGGGAAGACUGCCUUGGACUAUGCCAAAGACAGCUGUGAUGUUCUCUACGCGGAAAACGGCCGUCAUAGUGAAGAUCACCAGGAAGUUAUGGAACUCUUGAUUGCCGCAGGUGGUAGGUGA